UCUUUUACUGCAGAACAUUGAUCAGAAAUUUAGGUAGGAGCGCUUGACCUCAAACCAGGACAGAGUCUGAAAGUAUCACCAUGCUUGAGCUGAAGAACCUUGAGGAUUUUAGCGAUGCCUGUCCCUACAUGGAUGUAGUGGGUUCUGAUGACAUGGAGUGUAAGAUCUGCUAUACUGCAUACAAUCUGGAGAGCUGCAGGCCAAAAGUGCUUCAGUGCUGUCAUCGUCUUUGCUCCAAAUGCCUCGUUAAGAUCCUGGACCUGGGUGAGUCACCCUCGAACUCCCUGGUGUGUCCGUUCUGUCGUUAUGUCACCAGAGUCGUUGGAGAGGCUGUGAGCAAUCUCCCUGAUGACUGCAACCUGGUGGCAAAGCUCACUCUCCAAAGCAGGAAUCAGAGAAACCUCCUGAUCAACCAGGACUCCACGGCAGAGCUGCUCCUCAGCCCCAGGCGCCUGAACUCACUGAUGGGAGCCAACCCUUCCUCCACCCUCCCCUACUCCACCAUCAGAAGCUCUCCUAACUUUGUAGUCAUCACUAUCAUGGAGCCUCCACCAGUCUCCAUACCCACCCAGAAUCUUCUUGACAGUGCUUGCAGAGGGAGCCAGAACCCACCCGGUCAGGAGUCUUUGCCAUCCAGCUCUCACACAUGGACCAUGUGGAACUGCACGGCUCUGUUCUGCCAGACUUCGGCCAGGGUUCUUUUGUGGAUGCUGGGGCUCUUGUACUUUAGCUCGCUGCCAAUGGGUGUUUACCUGCUAAUUAUGCAAAGGACCACAGUUGGGGUGUUGUUGGUGAGCCUGGUGCCUGCCAGCCUCAUCAUCAUCCUAAUCUACGGGUUCUGUCAGUGUAUCUGCUAUGAGUUAUGGCACUGCCUGCUACCCUGA